AUGCCUUUAAAACAGACGUCUACCCCGUAUCCUCUCCUCGACGCUGACCCUCAAUUUGGCCGUGUGGUUCGUUAUUUCCGGCCUAGCGAUUAUGCUGUCUGGGCUGGGGCAACUGCUGCUGCACCAGCGGCUCUUCUUACCUAUGAGCGCAUCGACCCCUCACGACACAACUUGCGCCCUGCCCUCAAAAUGAUUACUUUCGUUGGCGCGGUAGGAGGCUUCUUGUUGGCGUAUCAGAGGUCUUCUUUGCGGUUCUGGGGAUGGUCAGAAAACGCUCGUGAGGAACAACUUGAUUACAAGGAGCUUUCUGCACGUGCCGCUGCUGGAAAGCCGCUAUAUGGCGAGUCGGACAUGCCUCCGUUCAUCCAAGGAGCGGCACACCGUAACUCAGCAUUCAGCCAGCUGAAGUUUGCUGCGAUCCCAUGGUUCAACUUUGUGUCGCACCCUCAUCAUGGGACUGAUCCUGAGAAAUAUAAGGCCAAGGAAUAG